CCGAGCGGUUAAAGGCGCGGCUGAUCGCUGGCGCCGCCAGUGGGGCGCGGGCUCCGAGGGCACCAUGAGACCCGAGGCGGCGGCCGGAGCCCGGGAGGCACGGGGACGCGUCUGUCACUGCCCCGGGGACGGUCCCCGGGGACCACCGCCGGCGCGCGGGCUGGAGAGCCAAACGCCGUGGAGACCUUGGAUCCUGACCCCCCAGGAGGCUGAGCCCACCAGAACUGGAAGCGAGCUUGAGCCUGGAGGUGACCAACAACCACUUGGAUCGAAGGGGGCUUUUGGGUUUCAGCAUCCUGUAAGACUUUAUUUACCCAUUUCUAAGCGUCAAGAGUACCUGCAGAGUUCUGGGGAGAAGGUGCUGGCCAGUUUCCCAGUGCAAGCCACGAUUCACUUCUACGACGAUGCGUCCGAUUCGGAAGAGGAGCAAGAGGAAGAAACCCAGCCCUCUGACCUUCAGGACCAGGAGGCAGAAGACAGCUCAGGGAGGAAGGGCAGAGACCGGCAGAUAAACCCAGAACGGGGACCCGGUGGCCCUGGUGGCCAUAGUGGUAAGGGUCCCCUCCCCAGCUAUGACUCUCCAGAAGAUGCUGAAUACCCUUCGUCCAAAUAAGUGUCUCCCCACCACACCUCCCAGCUCAUGUGUACUCUUGGGGAUAACCAUACCAGGACACUGACUUUCCACUGGCUGUACAAGGACUUUCAUUGUCUCCAGCCAGCACCCCAGUGGUGGCAAACACCCAGCUUUUACACAUCCUUCUCCCGGUGACUCUUUGUGCCUCAUCUCAUUCAUGCCUCUGAGAAAGGAUCCUAGGACCAAGGCAUGGUUUGCGUUCCCAUGGGUUGUUAUUGGUGGGGCCAACUUCCAAAGCACGCUCAGCAGUGUCACCGUGCAGAUCAAAGGACAAGCCAUUCCCCCAUUGACGAAUAAGCUCUCGUGCCUCUCACUUAACCUGAGACUCCUUAUUUGGCGGUUUCCACUUUUGUCAAAAUGAUUUCGCUAUUGGCCAAGGUGGAUGUGGUUGUUUAGUGACAUUCUGAAAAAAAAUUUAUGUUUGCAAAACACCCGAAACACUGAAUCACUUCCAUAAGAGUAACAAGAAAAAGAUAAGGAUUUGUGGGGGAUUGUUGUGGAUAAAAAUGUCUAUGAUUCUUGUCUGAGGGCCAUGUGUGUGAACAGAGAAAAGAGCUUUCACGUAGUUGGGGACUGCUUUGGGCUUGUUCCUUGAAUAGAAUAACUUUUCAAUCAAAGUACCCAAUGUAAUAUUAUUUUCAGCUUUUUAUAUCUUGUUGACCAAAUGAGUGUAUUUGUCGAGGUUUUUUACUUAAUUAUCUUACAUGUGGUUGUCUUCCUGGCUUCUACUUGAAAUAAAUAUUUUGAAAGACAAA